CUUCGAAAAUCCUGAGAAUUUGACUACUACAUCAUUCUUCGUCUCUUCCAAAAAAUACAAAAACCCUAAAAACGAAUCAGUUCAUUUCGCAAAUCGGAUCUUUAUGGAGGAAAGCUCUUCGAAAAAGAAACGAACGCUUGAAGAUUACGAAAGAUUCUACAAAAUAAUCAUACAAAAUUACUUAAGAAAACCUAGAGAAGAAGAUAAGAUAAGCAAGCUACCAGAUUCUCUGAUCUCUCAGAUACUCUCCCAUCUCCCGACCACAAAGGAAGCUGUUCGAACUAGCGUUCUGUCCAAACGGUGGAGAAGUCUCUACCUUUUGAUCCCCGCGUUGACUGUGAACGCUAACGAGUUCCCAAAUCACAACGCCUUCGUUGGUUUUAUCGAUAGGUUUCUAGGUUUCUCCAGAGAACAGAACUCGAUCCUACACAGGUGCAAGUUAACUAUCCAUAAGAAUGUGAUCAAUGACUCUCCUCCCUGUGUCACACGGUUGAUCGAUUCUGUAGCGUCGUCUAAACUUAAUCAUCUCGACGUCGAGUGUCUCGUGAACCGCAAGUUUCUAGAAGCGGUUCCGCAGAGUCUUUACGUGUGCGACACGCUCGUGUAUCUAAGACUCCAUCGUGUCUCGUUUGGCGAGUUUGAAUCUUUCUCUUUACCUUGUCUAAAGACAAUGGUGUUAGAACAUAAUGUAUACGCUAAUGACACGAGCCUUGAGUUGUUUAUCUCGCAUUGCUCUGUUCUUGAGGAUCUGAGCAUUGUUAGAAUGGAACCGGAUAACAUAAAGGUUUUACGAGUGUGCUCCAAGACGUUGACUAGUCUUCAUAUAGACUAUUUCUUUGGUGAAGAUGAUGACUUUGAUGACGAGGGUUUCGAGAGAGAUGGCUCAGGGGUUUUCAUCAAUGCUCCUAAACUCGAGUUCUUGAAAUUCGAAGAUGAUCUCUCUGAUAGUAAAAUCAUUACCAAUUCAGGGUCCUUAGCCAAGGUCGACAUUGUUUUCGUCUUCAGUGAGAACGAUACUGCUGAUUUAAUAGACUUACCAAAGCGAGAUAUGAUCCGUAACUUCUUUACUAGCAUCUCACGUGUUACUGAUUUGAAGCUCUCUUCGCAUAUUGUGGAGUUUCUUUAUUACAACAAUCAAUUCGACCCACUGGUACUGCCUCGGUUUUGUAACCUUUCUCGUUUAAAACUGAAGAUUUCUAAGUCGUGUCUGAAAAUGUUACCAACUCUUCUUAAGAGAUGUCCUAAUCUAAAGACACUCAUCUUGGUGCUGGAUUUUGAUACUAGUGAUGAGAAAGCACUGGUGAUAAGAGCUUCAUCAGUACCUCGGUGUUUGCUGUCAUCACUAGAGCAUGUAGAGAUAAAAUGUUUAAACGGAGGGCCUGCUAGAAUGGAAGUAGCAAGGUACAUUGUAGAGAACUCACUGGUUCUUAAAAAGCUUGUUCUGGAUAUUAGAUGCACCACCAUGGAAAAAGGGUUUUACUUCACAGAAGAAGGGUUUAACAUGUUGAGGUAUCUCCUUGCAUUGCCCAGGCCAAAUAGCACGUGUCAAAUCCUACUUAAAUGAUUAGAAACUCAAGAGUAGCAUUUUCAAGCUGGUUUGUUAGACUGAAAUUGGAUUCUAGAUUUUGUUUUUUUCUUUUGUUGUUGAAGUUUCUAUUAUGAUGUCUUCGUGAGCGUUUUGGUGCACUAGUUAUGGAUGAUGCUUGAGAGUUCUAUAACUACACAGCUUUUGUUUGUCUUCUCUUAAGCCAUCUCUGCACCAUUAGCAAGUUUAGCAUUUUUGAUUUUCCAAAUAUAAUAGAUCA